UUUGGGAAAUCGUCUGACAUAUCCAGGGCACACUUCUUUAAAUACUGUCUGCAGAGAGGAGUAGAGUUACCAAAAACUGGAUUAAGAGACAUGGCCAACUUCACUGCAAACAGUCCGACAAAUCUUUCUGAAAACCAAGAGCAGGACUGAAGCGGAGGCCCGAGCUUUAGUGAACCUACAGUGACCCGGGUUAAUUAGUAGCCGACUCUGGGAAAAAGCCACCGUUCGCACGACGAGCAGCAAGUGGCUCCCGUGACAGCGGCAACCGGCAAAUCAGCGCGCAGGAUCUCUCCAGGAAGCGCUCCCGGGGGUUUGGUUUCUACCCGCAGACCAGCAGGUGAACGGGGGCCAGGUAGUCUGAAGUCCGACACCGUCUCACCGAAGAAAGAAAAAAAAAAACCGGGAGAAGUACAGAUAUCUUUAGUUUGUUUUUAUUUUGUUUGUUUUUUUGAAGGACUGUCCGGAGAGCAGCGAUGGUUUGUGGCGGAUUUAUUUGCACCAAGAACGCGCUCCUCGCUCUCAAUGCACUUUACGUUUUGGUGAGUCUGCUGCUGAUCGGAGUGGCAGCCUGGGGGAAAUGGUUUGGCCUGGUCUCAAGUAUCAGGGUGGUGGCAGCGGUCAUCGGCGUGGGUUUCUUCCUGUUCCUGGUUGCCUUUGUGGGUCUGUGCGGCGCCCUGAAGCACAACCAGAUCCUGCUCUUCUUUUACAUGACGAUCCUGUUCAUAGUUUUUGUUCUGCAGUUCUCCGUGUCCUGUGCUUGUCUGGCCCUGAAUAAAGAGCAACAGAACCAUCUGCUGGAGGUCGGAUGGAACAAAUCCGAGGCCACUCAGUGGGACGUAGAGAAAACACUCGACUGUUGUGGCUUCUCCAGUGUCAACUACAACGGCUCCUGUGCUGCUAGAUGCUUCGUGAACACCCCGGCGUCUUGUGAAAGCUGCUCAGACAUCAUCCAGCAGUACGCCGGGGAGGUGCUACAGUUUGUGGGUGGUCUCGGACUCUUCUUCAGUUUUACGGAGAUCCUUGGAGUUUGGCUUGCCCACAGAUACAGAAACAUCAAAGAUCCUCGAUCACACCCUGGAGCCUUUCUAUAACCGCUCACAGAUUAAUAAAUUGCAGCGGUGAAUAAUUAUUAGUCGCCCUCAACUCAGUAAACCACAAUUAAGUGUACAUUUGUAUGAUUUUUAAAGUGAGAUUGAAUGAUUCCCACUGUAGCUAGAGGUGACCAUAGUGUAACAGUCACACACCAGAAGAGAGUAGCACGGUCCUAAAGGGUCAGAAAGUCAGCGGACUGAGUCAGAUGUCAGUUACCAAGCAUGUGACGUUUGCCAGCAUUAGCCACCAUAAGCCACUGGUCAUGCCAGGCCAAGUAUAGCUACAAAAAUCCCAACUGGAAUGAACUGAGCAAAUGUGCGAUUUAUUGUUUAUGAAUUCAGCUUUUGGUUUUUCCAAGAAAAAAGUGUGUUUUAUUUCAGUUUCCAAAAGUUACGUAAUCUCACUUUAAUAUAUGCAUAUUAUUUUCAUUGAAAAAUCAUCACCGCUCUAAUGUCUGAAUGGUAAAUAUGUAGUUGGAGCCGGCAGCCAGUUAGCUUAGCUUAGCAUAAAGGCUGGAAACGGGGGGGAAACAGCUAGCCCGGCUCCGUCCAACGUUAACAAAACCCUCGCCAGCACCUCCAAAGCUCAUUGAUUAACAUGUUAUAUCUUGUCUGUUAAAUCCUACCAAAACCAAAGUGUAAAAACUGCAGCAUAAGGUUUUACAUGGCUACAGGUUACAGGUUAUGUGCCAGACUUUUUUUUUUUUUGAGGGGGGGGGGCUUGGAGCAUUGACUUCCUGGACACACAAGAAGACUCAAAACUCCAAUCAGACAGGGCACAACGUGUUGAUUUGUGAGCUUUAGAGGUGCUGGCGGGCUGGUUGUUACGUUCGGAUGGAACCAGGCUAGCCGUUGCCCCUCGCUUCCAGUCUUUUUGCUAAGGUAAGCUAACCAGCUUCUGGCUGUGGCUUCAUAUUUACUGGACAGACAUAAGACUGGUAAUAAUCUUGUACUUUAACCCCUGGCAAGAAGGCAAAUAAGUGUAUUUCCUGAACUGUCGAACUCUUCCUUUGAGCGAAACCUGGUAUUGCCUCUUUAAUUCUAAUCUGUCUCAAAGUGAUAAAAGCUCACAGCAGUUGUGUGUGCUCAGCACACACACACACUCCUUAAUGCAAAUAAUAUUCAGGUUAACACUGUGAUGGCUGGAGGACUGUGGUCACCGCUCCCAGAUUAGCUGUCUGCUUUGCAGACAGUGGAUUUGGGUGUUGGACGUGCUAGCAGCAGGAAAAGAUUAACAUCAAAUUAAACUCAAACCUCUUGCAGCUCAAUAGACAGAUAUAAUAUUAUUAAACCAAGCUUGUUUUUGACUUAAAGGUGUAUUUAUUUCUCUUUAAUUUCUAUUUUUAAAAAAAAAAUCUCACAUCUGAGCUUUAUGAAUUUAUUCUAAAUCGUGUUUCAUCAUAUUCGUCCUCUCACAGCUUGCAGUUUUCCUUGCUUGUCCAAAAUAAACAUGCAGAGUUGCAGAACACAA